GCUUUGGACACACCGUUUACAGUUUACGCUCUCGACUCGCUCUCGACUGAGGGCUUUGCGGCAUACGCAGAAACUCUAAAGUCUAACCCUAAUCCCCGUAGGGUGCGUUUCUUGGCUUUCCUGUCAUCUGCAGAAGAAGAACAGGUGUAUUUCGCUCUCAGGCUGCAUUAGUGGAAGAAGAAAAUGAGUGCAUUCAACGCUUUCAAAGCUAAUGUUCCUGUCGCCUGGAGCCCCAACCUUUAUAUAACCCUUGUGAGGGGGAUUCCGGGGACCAGGCGCCUUCAUAGACGCACUUUAGAGGCAUUACGCCUCCGCAAAUGCAACCGUACUGUCAUGCGUUGGAACACGCCUACUGUUAGGGGAAUGCUACAACAGGUAAAGAGGUUGGUCGUAGUUGAGACAGAAGAGAUGCACAAGGCUCGAAAACAGAAAGAGGAAAAUCAUCGAGCACUAAGGCCUCCACUGGUUAUUAGUCAUCUCCCGGGUCCUGCGACAGUCUCUUCUGACUAGAUGGUGCUUUCUGAGGCUAGAUAUUGUGUCUCAUUUUUUGCAUGUUUCCUUCAGAGGUUUUGUUUGUAUGACCAUCAUUAACUUUAUUAAAACCUGCAAUUUUAAUAAAUUGCAACUCUAUGGUUGUCACAAACAAGUGCUUUAUUUAUAACUAGUGAUAAAGGUGCCCAUUCUAAAAAUGA